AUGAUGUCUCUUCGUAGAAAUAAAAGUCUCCAUUAUGAUCAGGAAUUAAUUUCGAAUGACCGCUACAUAGCUCUUUGCCAAGAUCUAUUCAGUGAUCCAGUAUCUUUUAUCCCAUGCCUUCACACAUACUGUCUUCAAUGUACUAAGAAUCUUUCUCGAGCUAAUUCUGAGACAAAUUGUCCAAUAUGCCGAGAGAAAGUACAAGGCGUUAGAAAGAAUUUCAUGGCAUCAAGUUUUUUACGAAUAUAUCUUGAAGUUAACUUAGACAUAAAGAAGAUGAAAAAUGAGGAAUCAGGAAUCUCUUCGGAGUCACCCAACGCACGUUCUACAGCAGCCAUAAUGGCAAGAACCUUCCAAGCAGUAGAAUAUGAUCAAUUUAGAUGGGACAGGAAGAACUUCGCAGUGACCGACUACAAACCAUGUCGUUCUUGCAUCCCAAAUAAUCCAACGGGCUACAUGUGCCCAGUACCUCUUGAAGCAGGGUACGCAACUUCAGAGCUAAAUCCAAUCGGUCAUUUGUUCUGUACAUUCUGUCAGACAUAUAUGCCUGCCCGGGGUACAUUUGGAAUGCCUGCACUAGAUCAAGCGUGUAGUUUUUGUGGCGUAGUAGCUUGUGAUAGCUACUGGGGUUGCUUUAAUCAUAGCCAUGAAGCAAAGCUGUUUCUUCUUAAAGAUAUAGGAGAUCUUGAUGACUUUGAACAGAUCUUUCUGACCAAAGAUUCGAGUCUAUCUUCUCCAGAAGAAGGAUAUCUCAAUUUUGUCGAGAUAAAAUACUUAAAAGCGUACCUGAAAGAUAAUAAAAUAUCGUGGAAGGAGGCAUGGAAAUCUUGUACUGACAUGUUUGAUAGCCAAGAUUAUAUAUGCUCUGCCGCAAGCUCACUUACUCUCCCAGCCCAAGACAUAUGUCGCCAGAUCGAGAAUGCUGGAAGAGAGCACUUCACAUCCAUAAACGUCAUAGCACCACGAGGAAAUACUAUUAAACGACCACAAAAACCUCAUGAACCAACCACAAAGAACAUCAAUAGUACACCCACAUCACGUACUACAUCUAAUACAUCAAUUGGGGAUCGACAAGGACGAUCUCUAGUUGAGCCUGGUAUUCCUCGUAACCAAGUUUCCUCCAGAUUAAAUGGAUUUACGGAUGAAAAUCACCCAUCUGGACACCUAAUGGCAUGUUACUCCUGUGCUAAUGAUAUAACAAAUGGCCAAUUGUUUGGUUAUUGGAAAAACAUUCCUGUGGAAUCUCUUCCAGCACACAUAGGUCUUCGCGAUGUAUGCGAAUGGGGCGAAGAAUGCACUGUACAGUGGGCUGAAGAUGGUGAACAUGCCAAACAAUACAGCCAUGUCGACCAUAUAUAA